GGGGCCCGGCGGGGGGAGCGCCCACAGGCCUGGGGACCCCGCGCCCCGCGCCCAGAGCCCCCAGCCCGCGACCCCGUCCUGGGUCGGGGGAAACUGCCCCGCGCACCCCUCUCGGGCGAUCGCUCCUUGCCAGGCCCCCCACGCUCCCCCUGGAAACUUUGGGGGCGAACUCCCCACCCUGGGGUCCCCCGCGGCUCCAAGGAGCGGGGAACCGGGUGUGCAUCUCCCCCGGCAGUGGGGACGCCUGGGAGGAGGAUGCGCUCCGCUCCAGGAGGAGAUGAAGGGGGGACCGGCUGGGUCUGGGGUGUGGGGAACGGUCCGGAUGGAGCCCGCAGCCGGCGCCUUCCUGCCCUGUGUCCCCGCAGCCGGGUCUGGUCCAGCCUGGGGGUGCGAAGCAGGAAGACGCACAGGGUGUCUGGGGUCCUCACCGGAGCCUGCCCCAUCCCUGGAGCUGACGGCCCGGCCUGGCGGGGAGGGAUCUGGGGGUACAGGGCUGAGUCCCCUGCUCUGGGGCCUGCGUCUCAACAGCACCAGGGAUGGCAGGGGCUUCUCUCUGACCGCCCGGGCCUCUGGGGCCUGGCCAGGGGAGGCCCUGAGCCCCAUUCAACAAGUUUGGGGGAGCAGCACCUUGCGUCUUGGUCCGGGCUCAAGAAAAGCCCCGGGUCCCUGCGCCGGAGACCCCCUCAUAACCGGGUUUCUCAGCAUGUGCUUCGGGCACUAACGGUGCUGGUACCCUGCACCCCCAACCCGGUUCUGAGGAGUCAGAACUUCUGAGGCGAUGGGCCCCAGAACCUGCGUGGCGAACGCAUGGACGCACAGUGGGGCUGCAGCACCUCUCCCUCCGGCGGGGGUGGGGAGCGGGCCUCUGGUGUGUUCGCAGAGGGACGAUCUGGGGCUUGGCUGGGGGGGAAUCUUGGGGAAGACAGAGCUGUGAGCACCAGAGCAGCCCAGGAGGGCUCCCUGGAAGUGGUGUGGAGAGGAUGGAAAAGGUGUGAUGUGUGAGUGGCCAGGUGGAGGAUGCAGGCUGAAACAGGUUCGGAGAGGCUGGUGCUGGGUGGGCUUUGGGGCAUCUUACCCCGGCUCUUCUCUGAGCCAAGGCAGCAGCCAUCAUCGGAGACAGGGUCCCGGUGGGAAGAGCCCACGGGCUUCCCCUGUCGGCCCAGCUCCUAUGUCCACCGGGAUCAUGUGGGGUGGCAGGAAGGGGUCAGCUGGGCAGCGGGACGGGGGCUUAGGAGGCAUCAGCUCAGCUUCCCCGCCCUGACUGGUCUCCACUGGUGACUUCCAGCAAAUAACGUCCCCUCGCUCAGAUUCACCCCACACGGCAUUAAAUGAGAUGCUGCCCACCUCCACUCCGGCUCAGGGCGCCGCCAUUAAACAGAUGCUCAGGUCACGACGGUCACGGCAGCAGCCUUGCCCAGCCCCCCUCAGCCUCUGUGCUCUCCUCUGACCGGUGGGGGAGGCCACUGCCGUCCACCCCCAGGGUAAGCGGGACCUGCAGGUCCCUCGCUGAGUGGGAACAGAAGGCAGUUUGAUGUCUCUUCCCACAGCGCUGUCAUUCCCGGGCGCCCGAGUCACCAGGUAGAGCGCCUCUUGAAGAACUCUGAGAGCAAUGUUUGCCCCAGGUGGGCCUCCCUGGAGCCGCCCACCACCUCCUGUCAAUCCCGGGCCUCCUAAGAGCACCCUCCACCCUCUAGGAGGGUGCUGGGAUUUUGUGGAUAGAAGCUGGUCAGAUUCAGGUUCCAGCUAAGUGAUGCGGUGAUCUGGGGCCCACUGUGACCCUCAGUCUCCUUCUCUCCAAAAUGAACUUUACUAUUUUCCCUCUCAGGGCUGGGCUAGUGGGUGAAGUGGCCGGUGUAGACCAUGGAUGCUCCAAAACUGGUCCCAGAUCUAGAGGUCCCUCCUGCAGAGGGCAGUCCGUGGCCGGCGUUCUGGCUGUGAAGGAAAGUGGGUCGGGAGGCCCCCAGCCCCUCGAGGGGAUGACAGGGACUAACAGCAGAUGGAAGCUAAUUAGGGCUUAAUGAGUUGUCAUGGAUGAAGCCCCGGGGGGGGCCUGGAUCUAGGACAGAGGAUGCAGGGGUCCUGGGGGACCAGCAGCGUGCCCCCAAAAGCAGACCUUGCAGGGCAGCGUGCUGUGAGGGGCUGGACCCCUCCUCCCAUAUCUGUCUUAGGAGCUCGAAUGGGGGUCGGUUCCAGACCACGCUCCCCUUACUCCCGCCGCCCCAGUUGUGGUGGGGGGCAGAGGGAGGGAGGAUGGAGGUCACUGUGGGCCGGGGUACAGAGGGGGCCACUACCGCGCCUCUCACCCGUGCCCGCUCUGGGUUCGGCCAGCCUCCAGGAGGGCCUUUCCCGGGAGACUUCCGCACCCCUGUCCCGGGUUCGGACUGGAGGGAGGAUGGGUUGGAGAUAACCUUGCAAGAGGGCGGAGGGGAACAGCCCUGCGAAGAAUAGAGGGGGUGGCUUGGCUGGGAGCCGAGAAGGGGAGCUGCCCACCAGGCACCUAUCGGGCAGGGCCGCCCCUAUUCCAGGGAGGGACCCCACCACUCCCAGCCACACUCUGCCUCCUCCUUGGGCAAAGAGCUUCCUGGACAAUUAGUCCAGGAUCUAAGGACAGCUGGGGACACAGGAAAGAGGGGUCUCCCUUCCCCAGUUCCUGCCGUGGGGGACAGUUUUCGGGAGGGGGUGCCCAAGGCCGGUGCCUGCACUGAGGUUAAUGGAGAUCGCAGACCCCAAGGAGAGGCCCGUGUUCCCCGCCUUCCCCACCCCAGAAGGCAGGUGCACCACCCCGGGAGGCCUCGGGAGACCUUCCUCUUCAAGACUGCAGUGACCCGGUAUGAGUCCAAAAUGGGCCUCACUGGCAUAAAACCAGGGCAUGAGGCCGGGCACGGUGGCUCACACCUGUAAUCCCAGUUCUUUGGGAGGCCGAAGCGGGCAGAUCACGAGGUCAGGAGUUCAAGACCAGCCUGACCCCACAUGGUGAAACCCCGUCUCUACUAAAAAAAAAAAAAAAAAAAAAAUACAAAAACUAGGUGGGCAUGGUGGCUCUCGCCUGUAAUCCGAGCACUUUGGGAAGCCAAGGCGGGAGGAUCACCUGCGGUCAGGAGUUUGAGACCAGCCUGGCCAACCUGGCAAAAUCCCAUAUGUACUAAAAAUACAAAAACUUAGCUAGACGUGGUGGCUCAUGCCUGUAAUUCCAGCUACUCAGGCUGGGGCAGGAGAAUCGCCUGAAACCAGGAGGCGGAAGUGGCAGUGAGCUGAGAUCUUGCCACUGCACUCCAGCCUGGGUGACAGAGCCAGACUCUGUCUCAAAAAAAUUAAAUAAAAUAAAAAUAAAAACAGGACAUGGGCAAGGCUGGGCCUUCCUGGGAGCUCCAGGUGAAAAUCUGGUUCCCAUCUUCCCCGGCGUCCAGAGGCACCUUGUCCCUUGGCUCGGGCCCCUUCCCUUCCCAGCCUGAGCGCGGCCUCUGACUUUCACCCCCCACCCCCACCUCCCCUCAAGAGGACCCCGUGAGGAUGUCAGGCUCGGGAUGAUCCGGGAUGAGCUCCGGAUCUCACAGUUCUUACUUAAUCCCAUCUGCAGAGGCCGUUUUUCCAUGUAAGGUGGCUUUAUCUGCAGUUCCGGGGAUUAGAACGGGCUGGCUGUGGGGAGGCCUUUACUCUGCCAGCCCCAGGCCCCCCUUCCCUGUUUAUUUCCCCCCAUACCGUGGCCCGCCCUGUGACAGACAGCUGCACUUGCCUCUUCUCUCUCUCACCCGUAGACAGAACGCAGGGAUUUGUCUGUUUUGCUCAGUGCAGUUUCUCUUCAAACCAGCGCCUGGCACACAGGCAUCGCUUUUAGGUGCUUAGUGAAUGAAUGAAUGAAUGAAUGAAUGCUUGUUGGAUGAACGAAUGAAUGAGGUGAAGACAUAGCCAGGAGCAGACCAGGGCCUGGGACUCGGGGUUCCUGACCCCUGCCGGCACCCAGUGGAGACUUCGCUGGAAGGAACCUCCUCGGCCAACUUCUCACUGGCGCAGCCCGGGAGGUGACUGGGAGCCCACGGAUCCCUUUUGCAGAAGAGGAAACUGAGGCUCAGAGACUUCAAUGUCUCUGCCCAAGGCGGUCGGCGGCCGAUUCAGGUGCGCAGGAGGAUGGUGGCGCGGCCCUAGGCCCACGCUCCGCACCAUGACCUGCUGGCUGUGCGUCCUGAGCCUGCCCCUGCUGCUGCUGCCCGCGGCGCCGCCCCCGGCCGGAGGCUGCCCGACCCGCUGCGAGUGCACCGCGCAGACCCGCGCCGUGGCCUGCGCGCGCCGCCGCCUGACCGCCGUGCCGGAAGGCAUCCCGGCCGAGACGCGCCUGCUGGAGCUCAGCCGCAACCGCAUCCGCUGCCUGAACCCGGGCGACCUGGCCGCGCUACCCGCGCUGGAGGAGCUGGACCUGAGCGAGAACGCCAUCGCGCACGUGGAGCCCGGCGCCUUCGCCAACCUGCCGCGCCUGCGCGUCCUGCGUCUCCGGGGCAACCAGCUGAAGCUCAUCCCGCCCGGGGUCUUCACGCGCCUGGACAACCUCACGCUGCUGGACCUGAGCGAGAACAAGCUGGUGAUCCUGCUGGACUACGCGUUCCAGGACCUGCGCAGCCUGCGGCGCCUGGAGGUGGGCGACAACGACCUGGUGUUCAUCUCGCGCCGGGCCUUCGCGGGGCUGCUGGCGCUGGAGGAGCUCACCCUGGAGCGCUGCAACCUCACGGCGCUGUCCGGGGAGUCGCUGGGCCACCUGCGCGGCCUGGGCGCCCUGCGGCUGCGCCACUUGGCCAUCGCCGCCCUGGAGGACCAGAACUUCCGCAGGCUGCCCGGGCUGCUGCACCUGGAGAUCGACAACUGGCCGCUGCUGGAGGAGGUGGCGGCGGGCAGCCUGCGCGGCCUGAACCUGAGCUCGCUGUCCGUCACCCACACCAACAUCAGCGCCGUGCCGGCCGCCGCCCUGCGCCACCAGGCGCACCUGACCUGCCUCAACCUCUCGCACAACCCCAUCAGCACCGUGCCGCGCGGCUCGUUCCGGGACCUGGUCCGCCUGCGCGAGCUGCACCUGGCCGGGGCCCUGCUGGCCGUGGUGGAGCCGCAGGCCUUCCUGGGCCUGCGCCAGAUCCGCCUGCUCAACGUGUCCGACAACCUGCUGUCCACGCUGGAGGAGAGCACCUUCCACUCGGUGAACACGCUGGAGACGCUGCGCGUGGACGGGAACCCGCUGGCCUGCGACUGCCGCCUGCUGUGGAUCGUGCAGCGGCGCAAGACGCUCAACUUCGACGGGCGGCUGCCGGCCUGCGCCACCCCCGCCGAGGUCCGCGGCGACGCGCUGCGCAAGCUGCCCGACUCGGUGCUGUUCGAGUACUUCGUGUGCCGCAAGCCCAAGAUCCGCGAGCGGCGGCUGCAGCGCGUCACGGCGGCCGCGGGCGAGGACGUGCGCUUCCUGUGCCGCGCCGAGGGCGAGCCCGCGCCCAGCGUGGCCUGGGUGACGCCGCAGCACCGGGCGGUGACGGUCGCCAGCGCGGGCCGGGCGCGCGUGCUCCCCGGGGGCACCCUGGAGAUCCGGGACGCGCGGCCGCAGGACAGCGGCACCUACACGUGCGUGGCCAGCAACGCGGGCGGCAACGACACCUACUUCGCCACGCUGAGCGUGCGGCCCGAGCCGGCCGCCAACCGGACCCCGGGCGAGGCGCGCAACGAGACGCUGGCGGCCCUGCGCGCGCCGCUGGACCUCACCACCAUCCUGGUGUCCACCGCCAUGGGCUGCAUCACGUUCCUGGGCGUGGUCCUCUUCUGCUUCGUGCUGCUGUUCGUGUGGAGCCGCGGCCGCGGGCAGCACAAGAACCACUUCUCCGUGGAGUACUCGUUCCGCAAGGUGGACGGGCCGGCGGCCGCGGCGGGCCAGGGGGGCGCGCGCAAGUUCAACAUGAAGAUGAUCUGAGGGUCCCCGGGGGCGCGGCCGGGCCCUCCCCCUCCCCCUCCCCACCCAGCCCGCCGCCCUCGGGCCCGGCCGCGCGGGGCCACCUAUGCAUCUUCCGGAGGGGGCGGGGCGGCUCCCCCGGCAGAAUCUCCCCUUUUUUUGUAGACGCCCAACCGCAGGACUGUUUCAUCAGCAUGCGUCUUUUUGCAGUUUCUCAAGCGUUUUCUAAAGGUUUCAACCCGUCUUCCUGUCCCUGCUAUGGUGGCUGAGCUGGGGGAGGGGGUGCGGGCUGCAAGGAUGGGGGGAUGGGCUGCCGUCUGCCAACCCGGGAAGGCCGGGGGGGUCUCAGAGACCCCAGGGUUCUCAGGCCCGUAGUCCACACCCAGGAGGCACAUGGCUGCUGCCGCCAGGCCCUGGGCUUCCGCUCCCCCAGCUCUUGGCACUAAAGUCACAUAAGGGAGAUGGUGGACACUCAGCCCCCACGGGAGGGUGCACAGAAAGUCUGCAUCAUUCACACCUGGGCGUCCUGCACCUCACACUCAGAGACACACUGACACCCGGAACACAGUCACACAGGUGAAACACACCUCACACCCAGAGACACACCGGGAAGUCACACAGGUGAAACACACCUCACACCCAGAGACACACCGGGAAGUCACACAGGUGAAACACACCUCACACCCAGAGACACACCGGGAAGUCACACAGGUGAAACACACCUCACACCCAGAGACACCUGAAACACACCUUACACCCAGCUGACAAUAAAACCAGGCCCUGGGCACCAGAGUUGACCACAGGGGCAAACAGGGUUCUCAUGAGAGCAGAGAUCACACCUGGGACACAGCUCACAUCUGGGACACGCUCUGCUCACACCCAGAACACACACAGCUCACACCUGGGACACAUUCAGCUCAAACCCAGGACACAGCUCACAGGACAUGCUCAAGUCACACCCAGAACACACAGCUCACACCUGGGACAGAUAGCCCACACCUGGGACACAUGGCUCACACCUGGGACACACGGCCCACCCAGCGCCUGCUCAGCUGAGCAUCUCCUAGCCGACCUUCAAGCGCAGGCUCAGGUCUUGCUGAGGACCCAGCACACACGGUGGGGUCCUCACACCCCACCCUCUGUCCUCCCCACAGCCCAGCAGGGGUAUCCACAGGGAGGAGCCAUCACCGGGUCCCUCCACCUCCCUUCCCUGCCACUUGCUUCCCAGAACAGCAGGCAAGAGGGGGCCACCGUGGCCCCGGCCCAGGAGCAUGGCUUCUGGGGUGCUGUGUCCCUCUAAAUGCGUCUACUGGAGGGACCUUCGCCCCUAGGUCCUGACCCCUGAGCUGGCCUCAGAUAGGCCCUGAGCGUGGCACUAUCAUGCCCGGCCCUGCUGACCCAGGACUCAGGUAGGGAACGAGACCAAGGAGCACAGAGGGUUCUUGGGGGCCCUGCUAUGUGCAUUGCAGAGGCAAUGAGAAGAUCAAGGCUGCAGCCAGGGCCUCCCCAUGCAGCAAGGACCCCAGUUCUCGGGAGAGGGUGACAGAGGAAGCUUGGUCUCUGCACCUGCAGGGGUGCGGCAGAUCUAGGACCAAAGCAGGAGUCACAGGCCAACUGCAGCUCAGGUCAGGGAAGAUCUUCCCCCAUUCCACCACUCUGUCACUCUACAGGUAGUGUGCUCCGUGUCACGGGGGGUAAGCAAGCAGGAGCUGAGGUUUUGCAGAAGGAUUCAGACACCACACAGGGACCAUAGGGACCGUCUGUGACCGGCCUCCCCACAGCUACUUCUUGCCCCUCCCUUCCACAUUUGCCAGAGGAGUUAGGACACAGCUGGGGGCAGCUACAGGGACCUUUAUUAGGCCAAAACCACAGCCAGAAAGGGCUUGGUCGCCGACCGAGAGGUCAGGACAGACCCUCCAGGGCUUUGCAGGAAAGGCUCAAAGGCAGCUCUGCUCCUGCCCAGCUGUGUCAUCUCAGCUAGCGACUGAGGACCACCCGGACCGCCAGCGUCAUCUGUCAGACGGGUCUGAGGGUCAAACCCGUGACCCCGUAUUCAGAGGCCAGGCCUGCCGACCGGCUAGACGGCUAGACUUGGAUCCUGGGUCCCUCCAGCCUGCUCUGAGAUCAGCCAGAGAGAAACAGAGAAAGACGGCUCAGCCCUGGAAGCUCUGAGCAGAGGUUUCAGACGGAGCUGGAAGGAGACACCAGCCCCAUCUCCCUGAGCGUGGCCGGGAGGGCCCAGGCCUGCGCCAUGAUGCGCAGAGGCCCCAGCGGAGGCUCGAUGUGACUGAGGGGUGAAGUUUCUGCAACCCCAACCGCCACCCCCGAAUUGGGCAAAACCAAUUUUUUUUCUUUUUUUUUUUUUUUGAGACAGAGUCUUGUUCUGUUGCCCAGGCUGGAGUGCACUGGCGUGAUCUCGGCUCACCGCAACCUCCGCCUCCCAAGUUCAACUGAUUCUCCUGCCUCAGCCUCCCGAGUAGCUGGGACUACAGGCACGCGCCACCACGCAGGCUGUUUUUGUAUUUUUAGUAGAGAUGGGGUUUCACCAUGUUGGCCAGGCUGGUCUCGAUCUCUUGACCUCAUGAUCUGCCCACCUCGGCCUCCCAGAGUGCUGGGAUUACAGGCGUGACGCGCCUGGCCCCGACUGUUUUUUUCUUAGCACCUGUCUGACCGGUUACCAUGACAACCCCAAGGCCCCCCCCAAAAUUGACAUCCAAGUGCCUUUAGCCUGUCAAAGCCAGGAAGGGGCGCAUUCUUGGCCAUGUUAGGGUUCACAGAGCGUCCGUAUAUUAGGAUUUCUCAGCCCCCGGAGCCCCCCACCCCAUCCCCACAUGAACCAAGACCCCUCAGCCCCCCAUCCCUCAUCCUGCUGUAUUUGGUCCAAGUCCAAUAAAAAUGGAACCAACUUAAUAACCUCAGAUUUUGUUCUUACGCCCACGGGAACACCAGGGGGCAGGAGGCAGGGCUGAGGGAUGAGGGGCUGCCGGGGUCCCCAGGGGGUGCUGCCGAAGCUCCAGCCCUAAAGCCAUCUCUGAGAGAAUUCCACACGGUGACAAUGCGACAGGCCACACUUCCGCAGCGCCCAUGCUGUUCCCGGCGCUGUGCCAGGCACGGUGUGCGUUCACGGCUUUCACGCUGAGGUGAGCCGGUGAGCUGGGUCCUGUUACGAACCCAUUUUACAGAUGGGUCGAGCAAGGGGCAGAAGAUGGAGGGGAGCAGCUCUGAGGCCCCAGCUAGGGACAGGCGGGGGCUGAGAACAGCGGGCAACGUUGGGCUUUUGGAAAGCUCCUGCCCCAAACUCAGGCUGGGGAAGAAAGAAGACAUCGGUCCCCGCUGUGCCUCCUGGAAUUGGCCACUUUCUCUGUCCAGCAGAUCGGGGGUCUUGCUGCUGCUGAGGGGGGCCCCAUGUCCUCCCUGCCUGUCUCUCAGGGCUCCGAGGAAAGGCAGGGAGUCUUUGGUUUGGAAGAGAGCCUAAUAAAGUGCUUUAGCCCUGUGCCAAUCCUCACUGAUGGGGAAACUGAGGCACAGAGUGGCGACAGGUGGGGAAACAGGCACAGAGAAGAGGCAGGUGGGGAAAUUGAGGCACAGAGAGGCAGCAGGUGGGGAAACCAAGGCAUGGAGAGUCAACAAAUGGGGAAAC